AUGAAGAAGCAAUUCAACCGCAUGCGCCAGCUCGCCAACCAGACCGUGGGCAGAGCCGAGAAGACCGAGGUGUUGAGCGAAGAUCUACUGCAGGUGGAGAAGCGGCUGGAGCUGGUGAAGCAGGUGUCCCACAGCACCCAUAAGAAGCUGACAGCCUGUCUGCAGGGCCAGCAGGGCCUGGACGCCGACAAGCGCUCGAAGAAGCUGCCACUGACAACGCUGGCGCAGUGUCUGAUGGAGGGAUCGGCCGUGCUGGGGGACGACUCCCUGCUGGGGAAGAUGCUGCGGCUGUGUGGGGAGGCUGAGGACAAACUGGCGCAGGAGCUGAUCCACUUCGAGCUGCAGCUGGAGAGGGACGUCAUCGAGCCACUCUUUGUGCUGGCUGAGGUGGAAAUCCCAAAUAUCCAAAAGCAGAGGAAGCACUUAGCAAAGCUCGUGCUGGACAUGGACUCCUCCAGGACGAGGUGGCAGCAGUCGGUGAAGUCCUCGGGUCUGGCCAGCAACCUGCAGCCCUCGGGCGCCAAAGCCGACGCUCUCAGGGAGGAGAUGGAGGAGGCAGCCAACAGAGUGGAGAUCUGCAGGGACCAACUCUCGGCUGACAUGUACAAUUUUGUGGCCAAAGAAGUCGACUAUGCAAACUAUUUCCAAACUCUGAUCGAGGUGCAGGCCGAGUACCAUCGCAAAUCCCUGGCGCUCCUGCAGAACUUCCUGCCACAGAUCAAAGCCCAGCAGGAGGCGUGGAUGGAGAAACCCUCCUUUGGGAAGCCCCUGGAGGAGCACCUGGCUGUCAGCGGGCGGGAGAUCGCCUUCCCGGUGGAGGCCUGCGUGACCAUGCUGCUGGAAUGUGGGAUGCAGGAGGAGGGUCUCUUCCGAGUGGCUCCCUCAGCUUCCAAGCUGAAGAAGCUCAAGGCUGCCCUGGAUUGCUGUGUGGUGGACGUGCAGGAGUAUUCAGCUGACCCCCAUGCCAUAGCAGGAGCCCUCAAGUCCUACCUGCGGGAGCUGCCCGAGCCCCUCAUGACAUUCGAGCUGUACGAGGAGUGGAUCCAGGCCUCCAACAUCCCAGAACAAGAGAAACGGCUGCAGGCUCUCUGGAACGCCUGCGAGAAGCUGCCUAAAGCCAACUACAACAACAUCAGGUAUGUCAUUAAAUUCCUGGCCAAGCUGACCGAGUACCAAGAUAUGAACAAAAUGACCCCAAGCAACGUGGCCAUCGUGCUGGGGCCCAACCUGCUGUGGCCACAGGCCGAGGGGAAUAUGACGGAGAUGAUGACGACGCUGUCGCUGCAGAUCGUGGGCAUCAUCGAGCCACUCAUCCAGCACGCAGACUGGUUCUUCCCGGGAGACAUCGAGUUCAACGUGACGGGGAACUACGGCAGCCCCCUGCACGUGAACCACAACGCCAACUACAGCUCCAUGCCCUCGCCAGACAUGGAGCACGGCGAGCGCCGGCAGCACGACCAGGCCCGGCGGCCCCUCAGCGUGGCCACCGACAACAUGAUGCUGGAGUUCUACAAGAAGGAUGGCCUUAGGAAAAUCCAAAGCAUGGGCGUCAGGGUGAUGGACACCUCGUGGGUGGCUCGCAGAGGCACCUCAGCGGGGCGCAAGGCGACCUCGGCCCCUCCGGCCGCGCAGCCCCCGGCCCCGCCCGCCGAGCUCCCCCCCACGCCCCACUCGCCCAUUCCCGAGCAGUCACCGGAGAUUUCAGCAACGCCCUCCCCGCCUCCCACCAGCUUCGGCUUUCCCUCGGCAGCCGACCGGAUAAGCAGGGCUGACCCGGCAGCUCCCCUGCCCCGGGGACCACCGAGCCCCCGGCCCCGCUGCCCGCUCUGGGUGCAGCCGCUGUGGCCGGGCUGCAGCCGCAGCCUCCCCGCGCCCGCCCCGCUGCCCGCCCGUCUGCUCCGUUUUGAGGUCCCCUCCCUCCACGUGUCCCCGGAUGCCGCCCUGUGCCGGGACCCGCCCGAGGCAGCGCAGAGACUCUCGGGGCCGAGCCUGACCCCGCGGCAGGAGGAGGAGGAGGAAUCGGAGAGCACAGCCCUAUGA